AUACACACAUUCCGUUAGUCAUUACCUUGCUCAUGGGUCUGAUACAUUAUUUACAUUAUCCUACGUCGUUUAAAUUCAAUUCUGGCCAUUUUUAAUGGAUACAAAUCGUUUUAGCUUGCACCAGGUGAAGGUAGUGACACUGAAACAUUAGCUACAUUCUGAAGCUUAAAGUUUUCAAGUCGUAGUAGCAGUUAAAUGUAUUUUUCUCCACUAGAGCCUGAACUGGGCUGGCUGAAAUGACCACCUGUGUUCCUCAAGAUGUUUCCAUAGCUUCGGUCAGCCUGUCGGAUUUAACCAGCUCUUCGUCAGUUUCAGAUAGAGCCUGUGUUCAAUGGGGAUGUGAGCUCAGUGCUGCCCAGACCACGGCUGUGUUUGAGGUAGAGGACGACCUUCUGGAGAACCAGUUCUUCAUCAAAACAAUAUGCCUGAGUGCGGAGGCAAGCGACGAGAUGCACGUAGUGGCGGUAUCUGACGGCGUUGGCGGAUCCAAGCCUGUUCCAAUUGCCACCCUCCGUCACUGUAUGCCCAUGGUCAGUUUUCCUGGUUUGGAGCUCUUGCCUCCUGUCACCUUCCAGCUGUGUUCAGGCAAAGGACCAGUGUUUAUCUCAGGUCAACACAUCACAUUGAGUCCUGCUGAAGUCACAGUGGAAGAGGAAGAAGGUGGCUUGGACUGACUGAAGCCCGCUGGGUUUAUUUCCAUCAACAAUGGCAUAAGGCAGACCAUGUCCUUUGUCUGUAAUGAAACAAUCUGCUUUGUUUUUCUUUGUCUGAUUGGAUUUGUGGCUUUGGAGAUUACAUUUGUGAUAGUUUACUUAAGGUAAUAUGGCUGUAUGAUUGUGGUGUAAACUCCAGUACUCCAAUUAGCAGUUUUUGUCCAGAUAGAUGGAUUUGUUUAGACUUGAUAGGCUGAGAUCAGAUGCAUAACGCAUAUCAGGGGAAGAAUCCAAUCCUGUCUGUCUAAACAAAGCUCUUGGCUGUAUGUAUCCACCAGACCCAAAUGCUGGAAUCAGAUUUGUCUCUCUUCCUAUUCAGCUGAGCAGAUUCAGAUGGCAAGCAUGCAGUCAAAUAAUUGUUUGCAGAAAUGAAUGUAAUGCAAAUGAGAACCUCACAAAGCUGACUAGUUUUUUUGUUAUUUAGAUUUCCAUGACAAGUUAGAAUACAUGAGAACAACCAGAUUUGCCUCAGUGUCUGAAUCUGAGCCAACAGUUUUGUAAUCUGUUUUGUUUAUGCAAUAAUUACUCUGUUUUCCUGUGGGGGGAAAAUGUGCAUUUGAUUUCAUGAUUUUAAUGGUAAUGCACAUCAGAAUCUUUGUUAAAUAACAUUCAUUGCCAGCUAAACGUACAACGAAUCAAAGAAUCAUGUAUAAUAAAACAAUUUUAAUAUCA